UUUCAUCUCCUCCUCUGAAACUUUCAAGAGAAGUAACACUGAACUCCUGUGUUGUUUACAUUUUCCAUGUGAGUGACAGAAUGGACUGGAUAGUUAGUGCUACGCUAUUCUUGUCAGUGUUUAGUGCCACACUUUGUUUCAAUAUUGAGCCCGUGGCUUGGAGAGCCCUGAGGAGCUCUGCUGCUGGUUUUGGUUACCGGGUGGUUCAAAGACAAUCAGAUCUGCUGGUCAGUGCUCCACUUGAACAGUAUUCACAAAAUGAAAGAGGGAGAAUAUAUAGGUGCACCACAUCUUCCCAAACCUGCCAAGAUAUCCAAUUUGAAGCACCAGGUUUCGCAGUCAACAUGUCGCUUGGUUUGACAAUGAAAAGCGAUCAAAGAGCACAAAACACUGUGGUGUGUGGUCCAACCAUUGCAAAGGACUGCAAAAGCAUCACCAUGUACAACGGGGUGUGCUUUCAGUUGGACCGUUAUAAUAGGCUUGGACCACCCGUACCUUCUUCUAUUCAAGGGUGCCCACUGCAAACAGACAUUGCCUUUCUGUUGGAUGGUUCAGGCAGCGUGUCUCAGCCUGAUUUUCAAACAAUGAAGAGAUUUGUGAAAGAGAUAAUUCAAUCAUUUCUCUCAAGUGAAACACAGUUUUCUGUUUCCCAGUUCUCCACUUAUCCAGAGGUUCACUUUAACUUUAAGAAAUUUUCCUCAUCUGGAUCAGUGGAGACUGACAUCAAUGGAAUCAGACAGCAGGGGGGAUCUACUUACACAGCUAAGGCCAUCACACAUGUUGUGAACAACGUUUUCACACCACAAAGAGGUUCCAGACCAAAUGGGAAGAAGGUCUUGAUAGUAAUUACUGAUGGACAAUCUACUGACCGGUAUGAUCUACGAGAUGCAACAAAGCGAGCAGAGAGUAAAAACAUUGUUCGAUUUGCUAUUGGGGUGGGCAGCGCUUUUAGGCUCCCUGAUGCAAGAAAAGAACUGCGCACCAUUGCAUCCACUCCCUCAUAUGUGUUUGAAGUGGAGAACUUCGACGCACUUGAAGUAAUAAGACAGAAUCUGCAGGACAAAAUUUUCUCCAUCGAAGGAUCUCAAAGCAGUGGAGAGUCACUGGAAAUGGAAAUGUCUCAAGAGGGAUUCAGUGCAGUUAUUGUGCCUGAGGGAAUUCAGAUGUCUAUUGUUGGUGCAAACCAGUGGAAGGGAGGCUACGUGCAAUACACAACUGGAGGGGAGAAGGUGAAAACAUAUGAGGAUGUGUCUUUGGAGCCUGACAGUUAUCUUGGUUACUCUAUGGCAGUUGCUAAAACCCAACGUGGCUCUCUGACAGUUGUUGGUGCUCCAAGAUAUAAACACAGAGGAGCUGUGGUCGCUGUUAACAGAGAAAACUUGAAAAACCAAAAGAUUGAGUCCUUUUCGACACAGACUGGUGCAUAUUUCGGGGCAGAGGUGUGUACCAUGGACAUAAAUAAUGAUGACAUCACUGAUCUAAUCUUCAUAUCUGCCCCAAUGUACAUGGAGCCGGAUAGAGAGGGAAGAGUUUAUGUUUGCAGAUUAACUGGUUCGUUUGUGGAGUGUAAUUUUGAUGAUCCAUUAAUACUAAGAGGACAUGCAGCUGUCAAAGGAAGGUUCGGCUCUUCUCUUGCUGUGCUGCCUGAUCUAAACUCAGAUGGAUUCAGGGAUUUGGCAGUUGGAGCACCUUUGGAAAAUAGUGGUGAAGGCAGCAUCUACAUAUUUAAUGGUGAAGGAAGAGGAAGAAUCAGUCCUACUUACUCACAGAGAAUUACUGGCUCUGAGGUCCAGUCAGGACUGAAGUUCUUUGGCCUCACAAUCAGUCAGUCAUCUUUUGAUCAUAGUGGUGAUGAACUGCCUGACUUAGCGGUGGGUUCAAAGGGUAGAGUUGUCUUACUGAGAUCAAGACCUAUAGUAAUGGUAAAAGCUGAGGUGUUAUUCAGCCCAAACCAAAUUCCUACUCAGAAUGUAGACUGCUCAAAACCAUUGGAGAACACAGCUGCAAUCUGUUUUACCAUGAGCAGAGUGUCUACAGUCAACGCAGCUCAAGCAAGGAUUGAUUACACUUUAACACUGGAUGCUUCUCGCAAAUCUCCGACCAACCGGGCUUACGUCAGUGGGAAACAACAAGAGCAGUCUGGAUCAGUUACUCUUGACUUACAAAACCGACAAUGUUCAACUGUAAAAUUCAUUAUCGAGGCCUGUCCAGAGGAUGCUCUUAAUGUACUUUCCAAUGAGCUCAAAUUCAUAUUUGAUGGGUUGCCAUUAAACACAAACCUCAGGCCAAGUCUUGCCCCACAGAGUCAAACAGCAACUAUUUUUCCUUUAGGGUUUGAGAUCAACUGUGGUACUGACAACAGAUGUGUUGAUAACCUUAAAGUGGAUUUCGGCUUCACCAGAUCCUCAGUGGUUAAAGUGGGCAUUGAUGAAUUUCUGCAUGUCACAGUCACAGUGGAGAACAGAGGAGAAAACUCCUACAACAGCCAUGUUAUUCUCACGUACCCAGCUGGACUGUCCUACAGGAAGUUCACGAGUCAGCAGGGAAGAAUUGAGUGCAACUCCUUGGACAGUGAAGAUGAUUUAUCCCGGGGAUGGACAGACUGCACUAUUGACAAGCCAAUUUUCAAGAGCAAAACUAAGGCUUCUUUCAUUGUCUCCUAUGGGAUUGACACAAACAGUCAAUUUGAGAAGGAGAUCUUUAUCACUGCAAAUGCCACCAGUGGAAAUCAGGAGCAUGCCCCUACAAGUGAACUUUACAAAAGGAAAUCAAUUAAUGUAAAAUACAGCAUUUUUAUGACAUUUGCAAGCUCACUAAGCUACAACAAUUUCACAUUUGGGAAGAAUGAUUUGAAGAAACCAGUCCAACAAUCAGUUAAGGUUUCAAACGAUAUCAGAGCGCUUAAUUUCAUUGUGGUGAUCAAAGUUCCAGUGAAGCUUGGUGAAAAAGACAUUUGGGUGGAUUUGAGCAGUCUACAGAUUUCAGAUUGUCAGAGAGGAAAUGAUGAAGAACCAAGUGUCAGAGAUUUUGUUCCAAAAAUACAAAAGAAUAAAGUGGUGGACUGCUCUGUAGCCAGGUGCAGAGUGUUCAAGUGCAACUCAUUCUUGAAAAGACUGCAGAGUAGGACAUACGAAAUCUCUGCCAACAUUAGUUCACAAUGGAUAGAGCAGAUUGGACUGCAAUCUACCAAAUUCCUCUUGACCAUUACAGCCACUGUGGAGUAUGACCAAAGCCAGUACAUCUACUUUUCAACAGUGUCUAACAACAAUCCUCCUGUUCACAAGCUUGAAGCAGUGGUUGAAGUAUAUUCUGAGGCAAAUUUCACCAAAGAGAUCAUUGGAGGAUGUCUGGGAGGGUUGGCUUUUCUGGCUUUACUCACUGCUGGUCUGUAUAAGGCUGGAUUUUUUGAGAGUAAGUACAAGCAGAUGAUAAAUGACAAUGCAGAGGACGGUCCAGAUCCAGGGACCGAUGGAAGUCCAUCCCCGGCAGAAAAAUAAAGAUCACAUUUGUAGUUGCAUGUUUAAACUAUAUGAAAGCUAUAGAUCCUCCUUAUAAUUUUAGAAGUCAACAUUUUGUGUAAAAAUGUCAAUGCUACCACAUUGGAUUAAUUAAACCAAAAACAGCUUGCUAUAUCUGACAUCAUUCUUUCACCCACUCAUUCAACACUUUACACUUUACUAUACAAUGAAUAUUUCUGAGUUUGAAUUGCAAACAUUGUACAGUGAAUUAGAAUUUUUGUGCUUAUUGCAGUGCAAUACAUGCAAAUUCUUGUUAGUUUUUGUAGUUUUGUGCUGAUAGUUUUGGCGCAACUGUCUCUUUAGCACCACCAAUAGGUGAUUUUGUGAAUAGUUUUGACACAUAGUGACACUGCAGGAAGUGGAAAGAAGUAGGAAUUUUUAAGGAAGCUACACAUGACUGCAACCAAUCCACAUGCAUCAGCCAUUAAUCCUUAGACCUUUCUGGCAUCAUCUGUAUGUAUAUUGUUUAUAUGAUCAAAAACAAAAAUAAUCCCAAUACAGUGUCAUGUACUGUUUAAAACAUAGUGCUGUCAGUAUUGUAGCUCGGUGUACACAGGGCUUCCUCUAAAUCACUGACGUAACUCUGAACAGUCACCCUGUAACUUCUGCAUUUUGGUUUUCAACUCUGACUUUGUCAGCAGAAUCAAUACGUCACUCAUUUCUCAAACUACUUUCAUGGAUGUAACGCAAUGGACUGUUUAGUGUGAUGCAUGCACAAUCAUUCUUGUAACAACAUCCUAAAAAGUUGAUUCUGUUCAUCUGUUUGUAGUGUUUUUAGUGGAAGAAACAUUCAUAAACUCAUCUAAGGGAGUUUUUCAGUCUCAGCUGUCUGCAGAUUUCAACAACCUUAUAAAUUAGGGGUGUCAAACAUAAGGCCUUGGGACUAGUGUUGGCCUGACAAAGACUUUAAUCCUGCCCACUGGACACCUUGAAAAAGAGGGCAUACAUUUUAGACUUUUAACUGUAUAUAUCUAUUCUAUAAGUGUUAAAGAUUUUCCUACAGAUAAACACACACACACACACACAACCUGCAAAUAUCAGCAAGACCUAUUUAGAGACAGGACUCAAAAAGUUCAAAGCAGUUGGAAGGACCAGUCUCCACAGGGCUUUUGCUUAGACCCAGACUCAUGUCAAUAUUAUCCCAGAGUCCACACCAGAGUCACACACCACUCAGCAGCUCGCAAUUUCCAAAUCCUGUGCACAUGGACAGACUGGUGAACAUAACUUUACAACAAAUCCAAACAAUAACCAAAGUAGGAGUAGCACUUCACUAGCUGCUUUCAAGGCACCAAGCCAUAAGCUGAUGCUGAUGCACUGCUGCAUCCUUUCAAAGCUGCCCAAACGAUCUCAUCAGAGCGAGUGUGUAAUUGCCACCAGGUAUGUGAUCCUGAAGGAACAUAGGCCAA